AAUCGAAGCUCAGCACGAUCAUCGACAGACACACAUAUCGAUCGAUCGUGUCACGCCAGCAGAGCACGAGCACGGUGCUCCAAUCCAGAGCCAUGUCGAAGCCAGCGUCGUCUUCGUUCCUCCUCCUGCUGCUGUCGGCGACGCUGCUCGCCACCGUCUGCCGCGCCGACCCGGACCCGGUGCAGGACUUCUGCGUGGCCGUGGCGCCGGGCGGCCACAACAACGCGUCCUCCUCCUCCAGCACCUACCCGGGCUUCCCGUGCAAGCCGGCGUCGACGGUGGUCUCGGACGACUUCUUCUUCGCGGCGCACGCGGGCGGCGCGAGCACGGACAACCCGAUGGGCGCGGGCGUGACGCCGGGCAACGUGGAGGCGUUCCCGGGGCUCAACACGCUGGGCCUGUCCAUCAACCGCGUCGACCUCGCCCCCGGCGGCGUCAACCCGCUGCACACCCACCCGCGGUCCGCCGAGCUGGUGCACGUGGAGGCCGGCGAGAUGCUGGUCGGCUUCGUCAGCACGGAGGGCAGGUUCUACUCCAAGGUGGUGCGCGCCGGGGAGAGCUUCGUCAUCCCGCGCGGGAUGGUCCACUUCCAGUACAACGUCGGCAAAGGCGCCGCGCGCGCCAUGACCGUCUUCAACAGCCAGCUGCCCGGCGUCGUGCUCGCCGCGCAGACCCUGUUCGGGGCCGACCCGGAGAUCCCUGACGACGUCCUGGCCAAGAGCUUCCAGGUGGACGCCGACACCAUCAAGCUCCUCAAGUCCAAGUUCCAGAAAGGAUAGCGCGCGCGGCCGACCUGCUCGCUAGAUUUGCAAUUUCCUUACAGUUUUGUUUCAUCAGUACAUAACUAAUGUUGUUUCGCAUUAUUAAAUAAUUUUAUUUGAUCAAUAAUAAAGUUGUGUGAUUUAG